AUCAAAAUCACGGACAUCGUACACAUCCUGAACACAGCAUAGAUCGAUAUAUAGGAUACUCGACUACCUCUGCCUGUAAUCGCGCUCCGCAAAGGAUGUCGGACGACCCACGCUCGAGAAGCCGGAGCAACAACGUUCUUAUUCAACAUCAAGCUUAUCCUGAUGGUAUCCCCGGAAAACUCCCUCGUAGACGCACUUCACCCACGCGUAACACAGAAAGUGGAGCAUCAAGGUUGUUGAACAGGCACGAGUUGCCUGGGUUGCCGGACGGCUCGAGAAUGACGAUAGCCGCUGAGCAGAUGGCCAGGUUGGACAUCUCCAGACACGAAGCUACACCGUCCCCCUCGCCUUCCUAUACUCGCCGAGCAGGUUCGCGAGAGACACCGUCGGUGACGUCUCAAUCGGAGGGGGAAGAGGAUGAAGCUGGAGAGACUUCCGGCUUCGGCUCCGGACUCAUUCGGAAAAAGGCCGCAUCGACGUCAGUCCUGAAAGCGCAACACCACCCAGGGAGGGAAUCGUCCAUCGAUACACUCGAAGAUGAAACGGAUGGAACCGUGAGUCAGACGGUCCUCGAGAAGGCCUGGGGACCUGCUCCGACGAAGCGACGGACGAGGAGUUGGCUAUCCCUCGAUCCAGAUAGGACGCCGGGGUAUGAAGCGCCUGAUCAGCUGCAUCAGGCUGGUAAUCAGGAUCAAGGAGAAGGAGUCGAGCUGGAUGCUCGAGGUGAAGAGGCUGAGGAUAGCGAGGAGGGAGAAGAGAAGCGCAGCAUAGCGGAUGAUCUUCCGCCCGAGAUCAUCCUCCAGAUCUUGGGGCACCUGACUGAUUACAACGACAUCAACAACGUUCUUUAUAUCUCUCGGAUAUGGUGUCAAUGUACCAUCCCUCUCAUCUGGACCCGUCCCAACAUUCACGACGAACGGUCCUUACGCGGGCUCAUCCGGAUCCUCCGCCUCUCUACCGGUCGAGGCAAAGACAUCCUCUACAAAUCCACCAAUACGACGUUUCCUUACCACCUCUUGAUCAAGCGAUUAUACUUCUGCACCUUGGGGACUCGGUUGCAGGAUGAACAUGUCAUCGAGUUUGCUCAAUGUGAAGCCCUGGAGAAGAUCGCGAUGAAGGGCAACAAGUACGUCUCCCCGCGGGCGCUCACGCAGCUCGUCAAGGGCAAAGACAAGCUCGUGGUCGUAGAUAUCGGAGAGACGAGGGUGGACGAUCAGGUAUUGAUAACCUUGGGCCGGGAUUGCCCGGAACUUGUCGGAUUGAGCAUACCGGACUGUCACCAUUUCACCCCGCUCGGAUUGAUAACGUUUGCCAAUUCGGAGAAGAAGAAGCUCAGGCGGAUCAAGUUGUCCAGGUCUAUCGGGGUGGAUUCGGAGAGCAUAUCCGCUUUGGUCAAGGCUUGUCCCUCUCUGCUCGAGAUCGAGCUAUCUGGCUCACAGGACGUAACCGAUUCGGCGUUAAUUGACAUCUGGUUACACGCCGGUCGGUUGAGAGAGAUCGAUCUCAAGGGAUCUGACAAGUUGACAGCCAAGGGGUUCCCCGUCCUCUCCGAACUGAAGACGAUCGAUGAUCAGUCUUUCCCUCCCGAACAUUCGGAUCACUUGUCCUCUCCAAGAGAAUCGGAUUCAAAGACCGUACCUCCAGAGGCGGAUUAUUCGGUAUUUUCCAGUAUCCCUCGAGCGAUUCCGGCUUCGCUAAACUUGAGCACGCUUCGGGUGGUGGAUAUGGAGUCUUGCAGCGGCCUGACCGAUGCCGCUAUCGACGCGCUCACUUGGAACGCUCGGUGGAUAAGAGCUAUUACGCUUGCGAAGUGUUCUCAGUUGACAGACGCGUCGUUGUUGAGUCUGUGUCGAUUGGGGAAACAUCUCCACCAUGUGCAUCUAGGUUAUGUUCCCAAAAUAACCGAUUGGGGAGUCUGCAAGCUAGCUCGAGGAUGUAACCGAUUACGGUAUAUCGACUUGGCGGGCGACUCGCUCUUGAGCGACUUGUCUGUGUUUGAACUGGCGGCGAAUUGUCCCAAACUCAAGAGGGUUGGGCUGGUCAGGGUGGCGCAACUGACGGACGCGGCCAUCUCCGCGCUUGUCGACAGGAGUGAGGAAGCCGCGGCAAAUCUAGAGCGGUUACAUCUAUCGUAUUGCGACAACAUCUCGGUCAAGGCCAUUACACAUUUGUUGAAAGGCGCAAGGAACAUCACACAUUUGAGCCUGACGGAUGUCAGCGCGUUCAAGCAGCCCGAGUUCCAACGAUUGGCACAGCCCGUACCGGAGGCAUACACCUCGGGUCAACGAGCAGCUUUCUGCGUGUUUACGCGUGACGGCGUGAUCAAGCUGAGGAAAUGGCUGACAGCCAAAGAAGAUCAGCGCUCACCGUUCACGUGGCGCGACUCUACUGUAGAGAGGACGACCUCGGAGUCGCUGUCACACUAUCACUCCAGACAACGCGCAGCGGCUAUGGCCUGGCUAGGCUCUCCUCCCACUGAGCGGGAACCUCGAGCCCCAUUGGCCGAGAUGAUGGCCGCGACUUCUAGCUCCUCAGACUUUGGUGUCACGCUAGGCGCAAAUCCGGUCACAUUGAACGAAGAGCCUGUCGCUUCGAGAAACACAGUCCCGUUUCAUCGCAAUCGAUUGCAAUCGAUUGACCGGCCGACUCCGCUUUACGCUCGGACGCCUCAAGGUAGAAUUCCCAGCUUGAAUACUACUUCUCUGCAAAGCACAGCGUCGACAGCAAAUCGUACAACUUCAUCGGAGAGAUUUACCUUGCAACCUGGCGGUACAAGUGCCAAUUCGUCGUCGGCCGUCUCGCGCGGGUCACGAAGCUCGGCACAGACAACCCGCUCAACACAUCUGGACAACAUGCUAGAGGAUAUACAACAUCGACGAAACGGAACCGUUCGCCAAGCCCAACCCUCGGCGUCUUCGCAAACGCCGCCUUGAACAAUUUGAGCGUACCCUACGACCCUAUACGAAAUGCUCUCUCUCUCUCUCUCUCUCUCU